AUGGGUGGUAUGAUCACUAUGUUGUAUGUUGAAUCCAUGAAUACAUGCCUAAAGCGUUUAAUAUAUAAUUUAAACACUUCAUUGUGUGAACUUGCUACUGAAAUUCACAAGUUGCUCAAUAUUCAAGAUAAAGAAAACGAGUAUAAAUUCUGGAAGUUGGCAAUUCCAAUGGUAAAACAUCAGGAAAAGGUUAAUUUUUUGUUCUCAAAAGUAGAUCAGUAUAUCCAGUGGUUUCUUACUCCUAUGAUGCUGAAAAUACAACAAGAUAAAAUAAAUCAAUCCGUAUAUUAUGUCGCUAAUAAAGUUGCUUAUGAGAAUAUGGAAAGUUUAGAUGAUGAUGAUCUACAAUUUAGUUCUCAGGAAUAUAGUGCUAACGAUUUGCAAGCUAUGCUUAAACAAAUGAUUGAGUUCGUUGGACUAGAUGAUAUUGAAGACGAAAAUGGAAUGGAAGAACUAUUUUUAGUUGCAAAUAAGUUUUAUCAAGAAACACAGAAUCAAUUGAGUUGCUCCUUUUCUGUUCAAUAUUUAUCUAUUCUUGGAAAAGACUUAAUGGAAGAGAAUCUAACUGUUUUAGAGCAAAAAGUCACUUAUAGAAAAAUUUAUGGAACGUACAAGAAAGCUCUUUGUAAGGAAUUUGUUGAUGAUAGCGAUGAAUCAAAUUUAGAAGAUCAAGAAAGUGUUACUGAUGCAGAUGAUAGUGAUAAAGAAAAUGACAAAAUUGAUAAUUCUAUAGCUUUUUGUAUUAAAAAUCCAAAAGUACAUUGCGGUAAGGGUCGCCAACAGGUAGUAAACGUCUCAAAUCAGCAUAGAAGCAAAAAAUAUCAAAAUGAACCAACGUCAAUACAAAAAAUAUGGAGAACUUGGUCAUUAUCAAAAGGGUUGUAA